CUGAGGGAAUGUUGCACAGUGGCGCCGCUGCUCCCGCAGUCUCACAUGGAACUUAGGGCUGAGGGAUAGCGCCCCAUUCAUUACUCCAGCGGGUUAAUGUCCUUCCUUUCCCUGGAGGAAAAUGGCUGAAUCUGAGGGGGAAAGGCUGGACCUAAGCUUCCUGGACAGUGAGGAAGCGGAUAAGAUUUUGCGGGUGCUGCAGAGGGACGAGCAACUCCGUAACACUGAGAAGCAGCGAGUCCGCAAGCUCCAGGGAAAAAAGAAAGACGGGAAAUGGUUACACGCCGCGUCCGGAGAAUGGUUUGAGGAAAUCCAGAAAGAGAAGUAUAAGGAGGAGCGCGAUGUAAGGAGCCUGGUGAGGCAGCCCCUUGCCUGUCGGCUGCAGGAGACGAGCCCUCUAACUGAGUCGGUCGAUUCUAAAAUGUCAAGACUGGAAAAGUCGCCAUCCUCUAAGAAUGUUAACUCCGGGCCUUCAUUUCUUGGCAUCCGAUCUCCGUUCUCUUUCUUUGGAAAAUUUUCAAAACAAAAUACAAAGCUACAAGAGAGAAAUGACAUAUUUCCUCAGACCAAGGGAACGCGCAAUGAAGAAAAGAAAAAGGCUGAAUUCUUCCAUUCUACCAGGAGUGUAAGACAGACAAUAAAAUUCUUUGAAACCAUUGGAAAGAAGACCAAAGAACACAAAGUCCCACUGACCCAUGCUGAAAUUGAAAAAGAGGCGUUUGAAGUUUUAGGAGAGUUGGACAAGAAACUAGCACAAGAGAAGGGCCAACAAGCUAAGAACAACAGAAGUGCGACAAGCCUAUGGUCAGACAGUCAUCCUAAGGAUGGUGGUUCUCUUCACAACAUGCCAAAGCCCAGGACUGAAUGUAGCACUUUAUAUUUCCAAGAAAAGCCUCAAACUGUAUCAAUAAGUGAAGGCUAUAGAACGUGUGCCACCUACCUGGCUCCAAGGCAUCAACUUUCACAGAACAAUAAAGUGGAAAAAAGUCCUUCCCUGUGUUCAGCUGUGUCAAGUAAAGCACCCAGUUCUGCUCCCAGUGCUGGUACAUUUUCUGCAAAAAGUCUGCCACCGCUAAUGAUUGAGAAGAACAGCCCUGAGCAACAGAAGAAUAGGUUUCAUAAACCUAGGAGGCCGCCUAUCUCCUCUGUCAACUGGAAUAUGGUGCCAACUCUUGAUCACAGCGAGAAGCACCACAGUGUCUUCAGGACUCAGUCUGACAUGGACCUUACUAACCCAAACCGAAUGUAUGAACUGUACAGAAACAGAAACUCUCACAGGGAACCUGAAUUUAAUAAGGUCAAUACAACAAAUGUAAACGCAGAAGUUUUCCACAAUAAAAAUAUCUUAUCCGAGGUGCAAAAAACACAUAAUGGACUUUUCAGGACUCAGUCUGACUUGGAUCUUUCCAGUCACAAUGACUCUUCUAAACAAAACCGCAUUUAUAAACUUUACAAAUUCAAAAACAAAUUUAGGUUAAACAACAAUGACUCUAAUAACGCAAAUUCUGUAAAAACUCUUAAAAGUAAUUGCCAAGUCAGCCCCACUGGGGUGCACAAAUCGGACUCUAGUGUCUCAAUUUCAGGAAAAAAUAUAGAGGAAGGCGGCAACAGAGUUUGGGAGCAGGAAGACAAAGAAAAUGCUUUUAAAUCUACUGAAAUGGAGCCUAAACAUUUCCCUGUUCCUUCUAGCAAGAAAUAUCACAGAAAACCCAUGGAAACUGAAUGUGGGGAUAAAGGCACAAAGCAUUCAACAAGAAGCAUAAGGCAGAGCAAUUUAGCAAUAGAGGCCACAUUGAAUACUAAUGGCAGCAACAAACACAAGAUCCCAUGUGACAUGCAAGCCAACACAGCAAAAGUAAUACAAGAAGAUCUAACUGUGGGUAGCGAGAGGAGUAAAACAAGCAAAGAGUUAUCACUGGAUGAAACCGAUUCAGCCAUCUCCCAUCUUGCCCACAACAUACAAGAACAAAAGCAACUUGGCUUACCGCUAAGUGAUAAGCCUGAGUGUGACAUGAAAGUGAAUGCACGGCAGGAGUCCAUUGAACCCAAAAGCCUUCUUUUGCCUGAGGUGUUAAAUGUUGUUCCCCAGUCACGCAUGCAACAUAAUACCCUUCAUUCUGGUGCAACACAUACAAACAAAGAGGCAACUUCUUUCAUAAAUCUAAAUAUAGAUACAAAUUUCACAGAGCCUGUUAGAAAAACAAUUACUCCAGAAAAUGCCCAUGCAAUUGAGGUUUUUAGAAACUGUGCUGCCCAAGAUUACAAACACGAAGACCAAAUGAUUGGGGGGAAUAUCUAUGGAUUUCAUUCUGAUGCCCUAAGAACACAGAUCAGAAACUCAUCCUCUCUUCCUGAUUUAAGUGACUGGAGGGAAAAAGACACUAUACCAACCCAUCUGAAGUCCACCGAUUUUAAUCUUGGAAAUAUCCAUUUUAGUAUUAAUCUGGGCACAGCUUCAAUAAACAGAUCUGAAAAACCCAAAGAACCUUUAUUGAGCACCAACAUUUCUAGAGACAACAUUCAAGCUGUAUCUGAUAUGACAUGUGGCAAACAAGAAAAAUGCCCAACUGUAACGUCACAAAGGUUAGCACAACUUGCUGUACAGUCUUGCAAUGUCACAACCAAAAGCACAACAGAACAAAGCGAGGGAAUGAGAACUGUGUCACACACAAGAGAUCCAUUACAAGAGGAAAUGCCUAGAACCAUCCAUCAAAAUGAAUUAAAUAAUAUACAAAAGAGAGGGCAAGGUCAUUCAGAAUCUUCUGUCAAAGGAAUAAUUAUGGAUUUUGGACAGAAGAAAGCUGAUAAUAAUAACAACAGACAGUCGAGAAUAGCAGAAUCAUCGCAUAACCUGAUGACGCAGGAUAGAACGUCAAAUCACAUUACAAAUGGCAGGCAGUUUGACAUGGGGCCUGGGAAAGGUGUCUUGGAGCAAACACACCCACAGAUUCAUAGUGCUCUAGUUACAAACGAUUACCAGAUAUUUAAUAGCCAGGAUAACAAUGGCAAGAAGAAAGAAAGCCUGUACAGCAAGGGCAUUGUGCAGAGCCGCAGAGGAACUCCUUCUUCAGCUAAUGGUGUGCCUCUGAGUUUCCAGACUAUAACAAGUGGACAAAGUUCCAACACAGAAAAUCUUGCCAAACCAGAAAUAAAAACUAAAAGUAACUUCAACCAAAACCUGAUAAAUAAUGUCCGUAACAAAUAUGCUAUAACUGAGGGUGUGCACCCAGCAAAGCUAUCCGAAUCUUCAGUCAUGUCUCCUUUUUAUAAUCAAAGUGAAGAUUUACCAGAUGAUAUUUGUAACAUGUCAAUAAGUCCACCUAUUACCCGGAACGUUAACCUGGUAAAACAGCAUUUGACUCCAUCUCCAGAAGUUUUCAGACAAAACAUUACAUCUCAGUCCUUUUGCUCUGCAACUUCUGUAGGAGUCAAUUCUGUGACUACUUGUAGUACAAACUAUCCAAAUUCUUGUACAUCAUUCUCCUUUUCAACAGUGUUCGAGAACACUAAGGUCUACAACAACAGAGGUUAUGUUCUGUCUGAUAUUGAAAAGACCGAGUACCACAAGCUGGUUACAGUUUACAACAGCCUUCCCCAUCAAGAUGAGGUAGGUUUAUUUCCUGAAGAUAUAAGAAACAAGGUUCAGGCACUGGAAUUUAAUAGAACUUCUUCUGAUCAGCUGGAAAAUAUUAUACCUAGUUGUGAUGAAUUUGAUGAGAGAAGUAGUUAUCCGCAACAGGACAUGUGGGAACCAUCAUCCCCCUACAACAUAGAACACAUACCACUUAAACAAGGACUGAUGUCCUUUUCAGAUGAAGAAUCUCUGUCUUAUGAUAUUGAGGACAGACUCACUGAUUUGCCUUUAUCUCAAGGACAUCCGUCUCACUUCCAUUCUGGGUCUCCUACUAAGCACAAGUGGGACUUUUAUUAUACGUUGCCAAGCCGGAGAAGUCAUCAAAGGGAUUUUGGGAAGCGUCUUCAAAAACAUAGCAACCUGCACUGUGAAAACAAUAUUUAUUCUCCCGACAAGGCUGAACCUCCAAUACAAACCUCUCCUGAUCAUUCCUUUGAUCCCAACUUCUGGAAGGAUAACCUUGAUUAUUCACCUACGUUACUUGCCAGUUAUGAGAAAGACAAUAUAAAUAAUCUUAUAAACAGUGAUAAUCUGAUACGUAAUCAAAAUGCUUCCCAUUGCAAAGGCGUGCCACAGGAUAAAAAGCUUUCUCCUCUCAACUCCAAAGAAACAAAAGUUUUCAACCCACCCAAGCUCAAGUACAGUAAGAUCUCCAGCUCACCAAGCAUCGAACCACUCAUGCAAAACCAGGCAAAUUUCAGCAAAGUGAGUGAAAUGUUACAUCGAAACAAACCUCCAUACUGUCCGGAAUAUAUUCAAAAUAAAAUGAAGGCUCUUACUGAUACUAGGAGGUUUCUUUAUUCCUGUGACGACACUGGUCCACCAGAAAAUGAAUUUAGCAGUUUGCCGUCCAUGGAACAAUUUGAUAGCAGCACUAGGAUGAACGAUGGCACAAACUCCCCAUAUGUGUUCUAUUCAAUGAAUGACAAGUAUCAGAAUCCCUUGGACCCACAAUUGCAAGAAUGGGGGGACCAAACCAACAACCAGCACUCAAACUUGCACCGAUCAAAAAGUUUAAAAGGGUUGAAUGUAGGAGACAAACACGAGCUGACGAAACAAAAGACUGAUCGUCGGUAUUCCUCAAAGAGCACUGGUGGAAUGCUCAGUAAUGUACGUCCCUCUGUAUGCAAAGAUGUCCACGAUACGAAGUAUAAUAGACAAUUGUCACAUGAUCUGAUUAGGGACGAAAAUCACAACUGUCCAAGUACUACAACAAGCUACCCCCACAAACCUGUAUAUACCUCUAAGUCUCUUGAUUAUGGUAUAUUUGGGGAGGAGCAGCAAAAGGCUUUUUUGGACAAUGUAAAAAGAGCGCUCACAGAAGGCAGGCUUUGGAGACCUUGUUUUCUUAAAAACCCUGGCUUUCUGAGAAGUGACGCACACCAGCAUCGCAAUUCUCAAGGUCCACGAUACCAUUCUGAUGGAGAUUCACCCUAUCUACUGUGUCCCCAGGGUUUCCUCAAUAUAUAUGAAGAUGAGGCUGUCAAUCGUUCCGACCCUGAAACAGAUACAACUACGGACGAUGAGUAUUACUUGGAUGACUUAGAUAGAGAGACAGAACUCUAAGAGCCAUACCUCUAUAGACAAGGUUGUCGAAAUGUCUAAAUGCUUCUAUUAUGUCCAGAGAUUGCAUCCAAAGGAUGCCUUAAUGCUUGUUUGUCUCUAUGUAUAUAUUAUAUAUGUGCAAUACUGGAACUAAAUAUGAAUUUGAGUCCAGCUUUUCUAAUCUAAUCAAAGGACCAAUUGCAGCUUCUACAGAGGGAAGGCAUGACUUUCACUUAUAGCCACAGAUGAUGGUGAGUUAAUAUUCCAUGUUGCAGGGACACAUACUAUAGCCAAAGCACUUCUAAAAGGGUUCUUAUUCUACGUGACUUAAUGGUAUCAGAUGUGAUUUUCUUCUGUGAUCUUCGUUAUCUGUGUUUGACCUGUUUCUGUGACUUUGUUUCCACAUAUAUAGCCUGCUUAUAAUAAGAGUUUCUCUUUGAGUCGUGGCACCUGUAGAUGACUUGCAUUUCUCGACAUUACCUAGCAGGCUACGGUAUGCUGGGACUUGAAGUCGUACAGAUGGAGAGCCAUAAUGCAAUGUAUUACUGUCUCAUUCAGUAGAUAGAUAGGUUAACGAAACUGUCAGAAAUGGUGAAAAACAUACGUAACCCAUCACCUUAACAUGGCAUCCAAAGGGCAGCCUUGCAGUUGAAAUAGUCAAGGGAGAAUGGUGUGAGCUAGCCCUUUGGCUACCAUGUUGACCUUCACACACACAUACUAUUUUUUGUGCAGGCUUGCUAUAGCUAUUCUUAAGGAUGUCAGAGUAUUUUUACUGAAACAUUGGCCAUAUAUAAAUACUACCAUGUAAAGUACAUGACAUGGCAGUGUACCACGGUCCAUGGACCUCUCCCAAAAGGCAAAUAAAUUAGCCAAUGACUGACCCAAUUAGCAUUACUAGAUACACUGACAAACUGCUGUGUGAUAUAGUAACCAUAUUAAUAGUAUUAUAUAUUCCGUCCCCUGCAGACUGGGGAAAAAAUGAUUUUUGCUUUGCAGGAAACGAAAUGUAAUACCCUUGAAACAAAUGAGACCAUGACAUGGACAAGGUAUAUGACUCUGUGAGUUAUGUUUCAAUAGGUUGCUUGUGGCAGUUUUCCCACUGGGUUGUACAUGUAGAUGAGUUUGGUCUUUGAUAUGAAAUAAAAUGUCCACAAACAGACGAAUGGAAACACUGCCCAGAGGGCUCGUCUGAGCACUUUUACAUUAUAUGUGGUCUAAAUGAGCAGUUUUUACAUUGAUAACAGAAUGACUUUAAAACUACAGUGCCACCUGCUGUUCUUAUUGGCUCCCUGCUCACGGUCAGCAGGAAGUUACAUUAGUGAGAAGAGGAAAGUCUUGUGGUGGUGUUCAAGACUUUUCAUUAAAUUAUGCCAAUGAGCAAAGAGAAAUCGUGUGAUAUCUCUCUGGUCAGGUCUAAGUAGAGCAACAUUGCAAGACUUUUAGUCUUCUCACGAAGUGCAGACUAUGAACAGCAGGUGGCGCUCUUUCAAAUUCAUCACAGUGGCAAUGUAAAAACUCCUAUUGUCUCUUAAACUAGGAGAGAAAAUUGCAAUGUAAAUUGAAAAAAAAAGUGCCCAGAGCCUUCUAAAAGGUGUUACAUUCACAUAAUCCAAUACCUUUGUGUAUUGCAUGGUGUAUAACACACAGAGUAGGCCUUUCAUAGUCAGAGCUAAGCUGCCUUUGUACAGAAUGAGAAGGUACCAGCUAUUUCUACUUAGGUCACAGUACUGAUACAUACAGUAGACUAUGGCAGUUUUGCACAUCAACUGAUCCUGAAGUGAACAAAAUGAGCAAAUAUAUCAUUUAAACAAAAGUCAUUGGCAAUUGGUUUCCCUUGCAGCAGUGGGGAUUGUCACACAACACUGUAGCACCAGCUAGAAACAGUCACUUCCAGCAGAAGCCAUAUUGUUACUGGGAGAACCCCCUAAAUCCCCUUAUGGGGCGUGUAUAUAUAAUUAUGUAUAUUUGUCUCUGUCCAGUAAAAAGUGGGUUUAUUUAUGUUGGAUUUGUGGAAUCUGAACUCUGUGCAAUAUGAUGAGAAAAAAAGGAUAUAUUUUUGUUGUUUAAUAAAUUAAAUGGAGCACUUAA